AUGUCUUGGACUCCACUAUGUUCACUUUUUCUCCUGGCAUGUGCCUUGACUCCAAGUGUCAGUCAAAACAGUUGCAGAGGGAGAUGCGGUAUUGAGUACUACAGAGGUUACCUCUGCCAGUGUGACUACAGCUGUAUAGCCUAUGGCGAAUGCUGCCUUGAUUUUGAAACUUAUUGUACCACAAAGAACUCCUGUAGAGGUCGAUGUGGGGAAACGUUCAAGAGAGGCCAACUGUGUAGCUGCGACUCUGAUUGUGUUAAAUACAAGCAGUGUUGUCCAGAUUACAAGAUCCACUGUGAUGCAGAAGAGGAAACUGUAAAUGAAGCAGAACAGCCAUUCAGCGGGGCAAAUGAUGAAGAGGAGCCAGAGAGCACUAGUGGGUACGAGUCGACACCAGCCGAGUCAUUGGAUCCAGUUUCCAAUCAGCCCACCUUGAUAACAGAAACUCCAAAAACAAGCACGGAAGCAGUUUCAUUGGCGAUGACGCCAACAGAAGACGUUGAAUCAAACACUCUUGACAUGGCUGAUGGCAGCACAGCCACUGACGAUGCAGAUCGCAGUGAUAUCACUGCUUUUCCAGACUCAGGAAAAACAUCAGCAUCCGACCAAAUUUCUGACAAACUCACUCCAACUUCAGCACUCCAACCAGAAUCUUUGCCCGCAACUGACACCACGCUACAAAACACAGCACAGACCAAUCUCCAGUGGCAACAGAACCCUCACAAGACCCCUCCACAUCUUCUGCACCACCGGAACCCUCACAAGAGCCCUCCACAUCUUCUGCACCACCGCAACCCUCACAAGAGCCCUCCACAUCUUCAGCACCACCAGAACCCUCACAAGAGCCCUCCACAUCUUCUGCACCACCGGAACCCUCACAAGAGCCCUCCACAUCUUCUGCACCACCGGAACCCUCACAAGAGCCCUCCACAUCUUCUGCACCACCGGAACCCUCACAAGAGCCCUCCACAUCUUCUGUACCACCGGAACCCUCACAAGAGCCCUCCACAUCUUCUGCACCACCGGAACCCUCACAAGAGCCCUCCACAUCUUCAGUAUCACCGGAACCCUCAAAAGAGCCCUCCACAUCUUCAGUAUCACCGGAACCCUCACAAGAGCCCUCCACGCCUUCAGUAUCACCAGAACCCUCCACAUCUUCUGCACCACCAGAACCCUCAGAAGAGGCCUCCACAUCUUCAGUACCACCAGAACCUUCACAAGCAUCCUCGACAUCUUCAAUUCCAUCAGAACCCCCACAAGAGUCCUCCAUAUCUUCUGUGGCACCAGAUCCUUCAAGAUCUUCAAUACCACCAGAUCCCUCUCAAGCAUCCUUCACAGCCUCAGUACGAACAGAACCCUCACAAGAGUCCUCCACACAUAUCACCAGAGCCGUCACAAGAGUCCCCCACACCUUCAGUGGCACCGGAACCCUCAAAAGCCUCCUCUACGUCUUCAGUACCAAAAGAAACAUCACAAGACUCCUCCACAAUUUCCGUACCACCAGAACCCUCGCAAGAGUCAUCCAAACCUUCAUUAUCACCAGAACCCUCACAAGCCUCCUCUACAUCGUCAAUACCAUCAGAACCCUCACAAGCAUCCUUUACAUCUUCAGUACCACCAGAUCCUUCACAAGAGCCUUCCAGAUCUUCAGUACCCCCAGAAGGCUCACAAGAGUCCACCACACUUUCAGUAGCACCAGAACCCUCACAAGAGUCCUCUACCCCUUCAGUGGCAACAAAACCCUCACAAGAGUCCUCCGCCCCUUCAGUGGAAAUAGAACCUUCACAAGAGUCCUUCAUAUUUUCAGCAGCACCAGAAUCCUCACAAGAGUCCUCUACCCCUUCAGUGGCAACAAAACCCUCACAAGAGUCCUCCGCCCCUUCACUUUCGACAGCAGCCGAAAGCUCUGAGGCACCUAACGUUCCUGGUUCAACAACAAUACUCCCACCAUCAAUCGCAACCACAUUAGUCGUUGCAACAAGUGGCCCUUCCGUUCUGACGGACACUCAGAAUCACUACACUGGAGUUUCUACCGUGGGGUCCGUCCUUGAUGUCACGACAACUGUAAAUCCCUCAUCUACAGACACAGCACACAGUGAUUCUACAGAUGACGUUACCCAUGCAUCACCUUCUGUCGAUCCAGUAACAGAAACCCAAAAACCAACUGGCCCUCGAUUAACCAAACCCACAUCGAAACCUCAGGAUGAGCCAAAGCUUUCACUGACGACCACAAAAGCUCCCACGAAUAAACCUGCUCCUAAACCAGUGGCAUCAGCAGUGACUGUGGAUAAUUCCAGAGACUUUCAAAGAGAUGACAACAAUGACACAAACUUGUGCAGUGGACGGCCUGCCAGCGCUGUCACGACACUGAGGAACGGCACAAUAGUGGUCUUCAGAGGUCACUACUUCUGGUCUUUGGACAGAAACAGGUCACCCGGUCCUGCCCGUGAUAUCACACAAGCGUGGGGCGUCCCGUCCCCAAUUGACACAGUGUUUACCCGUUGCAAUUGUCAAGGGAAAACAUACAUCUUUAAGGGGAACCAGUACUGGAGAUUUGAAAACAAUAAUUUGGACCCGGGUUACCCAAAGGCUGUCGAGACAGGCUUUGAUGGACUUCGAGGUCACAUCACAGCGGCUCUGUCUGUGCCUCAAUACCGCAGCAGAAGAGAAUCUGUCUAUUUCUUCAAGAGAGGUGGAAUGGUACAGAAAUAUUCCUACAAGUUUGGCACCGCUCCAUCAUGUAACAGGAAACCUCACUAUACCAUUUACACGGUCCGCCACAGAAUGGUGCGACAUGCAGAGUCACUUUUGGGACCUACGAUCAACAUCCGAACUGCCUGGCGAGGAUUCCCUACGACAGUCACCUCGGCCGUUUCCGUCCCCAGUUAUAGAGAACCAGAGGGCUACAGAUACUACGUCUUCUCUAGAACUAAAUCCUACAAUAUUAGGAUGUAUGGUGACCAGCCUGUUGUCGCUUCUCCGAGAGAAAACCCAACAGCUCAGAACAACUUCAUCAACUGCCCCAAAACGCUCUGA